GCAAGGGUUUCAGUAUCUUCACGGUCCUUCCGGGAGUGAGUCGUUUGAAGCAAACCUUCCCGAUAUUCCCGAAAUUUGAAGGUUCUGGUAUCUGUUCGCACCGGACUACAAUUCUACAAUUCCAAUAGUACAGUUAGUACAAUUCUAAGGUGUGUUUAAGAGACAACAUGUUGGGUACGCUUGCCUCGCUGCUCUUUUCGCUCGAGGGUGUCCUGCUGGUGGCCCUGCUAGCCCUGCUCUACUACUAUGUGGUGGUGCGGAGCACGCGAUUCUUUGCCGACCGGGGCGUACCGUACCUCCCGCCAGUACCGCUGCUCGGCAAUGGGGCCGACUUCAUAACGCGCAAGCGGCUGCUAACCGAUGUGCUGAGCGAUAUGUAUCACCGUUUCGCCAGCCAUCGGUUCUUCGGCUACUUCGACUUCCUUUCGCCGAUCUACGUGGUGCGCGAUCUGGAGCUGGUGAAGCAGAUCUGCAUCAAGGAUUUCGACCACUUCGUCAACCACCGCAUUCAGCUGGACGAAAACCAUGACCCGCUGUUCGGGCGGGCCCUGUUUGCGAUGCGCGACACGCGCUGGCGCAACAUGCGCACUAUCCUUAGCCCGGCCUUUACCGGCAGCAAGAUGCGGCUAAUGUUCGGGCUGAUCACGAGCUACUGUGACGGGGCGGUGCGGACGAUCCGGUCGGAGCUGGGCGCGGACGGAACCGCCGAGCUCGAGAUGAAGGAGCUGUUCCGCCGGUUCGGCAACGACAUAGUGGCGACCUGCGCGUUUGGCAUUGAGAUCAACUCGUUCCGCGACCGGGCGAACGCGUUCUUCACACUCGGCAAGGAGCUGACCAACCUGGAUGGCGUCCAGGGGCUGAAGUUCCUGGCCUUUUCGUCCUUUCCGCGCGUGAUGCGUGCGCUUCGAUUGCGUCUGUUUAGCGCGAAGAUGACCAGCUUCUUCCGACACGUGGUGAUGGAUACAAUCACGCAGCGUGAACAGCGCGGCAUCGUGCGCCACGACAUGAUCAAUCUUCUGAUGCAGGCCCGCAAGCAGGAGCUGCGGUUCGACGAGAACGAAAACAUCGAAACGAACGGUGGCGGGUCGCAGAAGCGGUCGGUUGACUGGACCGACGACGACCUAACCGCCCAGUGCACCGUGUUUUUCUUCGGCGGGUACGAUACCGUGUCCACGUUGUCUGCAUUUAUGGCGCACGAACUCGCCGUCAACCCGGACGUCCAAGAGCGGCUGCGGGACGAGAUCGACCGCGUGCGCUCAACGAUCGGCAGCGCCGACAAGCUUAACUACGAAACGCUCCAGUCAAUGCGCUAUCUGGACAUGGUCGCGAACGAGACGCUCCGCAAGUGGACACCGGCACCGUUCCUCGACCGCACCUGCACCAAACCGUACAUUCUGGAGGACUAUGACGGCCGGCGGGUGCAGCUGCAGCCGGGUGACGGUCUGUGGAUACCGGCCGCGGCCAUCAUGCGCGACCCGCAGCUCUUCCCUGAGCCGGAUCGGUUCUGGCCGGAGCGGUUCGAGCCGGAAUCGGCCGGUGCACCGGUCGACUCGUCCGCUAUGCUGGCAUUCGGGCUCGGCCCCCGUAACUGCAUCGGUUCGCGGUUCGCGCUGAUGGAGACGAAGGCGGUGUUUUUCUUCCUGUUGACGCACUUCCUGCUGGAGGCGGGCCCCCGCACUCAGCACCCGAUCCGGCUGAAGAAGUCCAGCCUGGGACCGUGCGCCGAGAAGGGGUCGUGGAUACGGUUCCGAUUGCGCAAGUAGUGGCACCCCUGUCCAAACGCACCCAAUUAACUACCGCCUUCAAUCAAUUAAUCGAACGGACAGUCGGCUUGUCCAUCAGCGCCCUCGAAAUUGGGCAGGUCUACACGAUCAAUUGUCGGGGCUUCUAGUGCAAGGUUGAGCGUUUAGUGUCCAGACACAUAUUUCAUGCCGCUAGAUAAGUGUGUUUUUGAAGCAACCAAACCGCAAAAUGGUAACCCUGACCUUGAUGCUCCACUAAUAGGAUGACAAAUUGUUUUCGUAAGACAUAACGAACUGUUCAUAUUUGUGCUUGGAUUUCUGUGUCUGUAUGUUCACAGCACGACUGUUACAACGUUUGUUAGACGAAAUGUAAUAAAUCGAGACUUGCAAGUGUCGUGUAAUAAAUGCCAAAUCUAAUUAUUAAA